UGAGCGGCAGGGCGCUGCAUGCCGACUGUGACAGUAGGAAACCCGCAGACAGAAAGUCACCGGGAGUGAGGAGGUGAGAGCACAGGUCCGCUCCGCCAUCUCCAAAACGUUUACGCACAGCGCAGCAGCAUUCCGCCUCCCUCAGUCCCUCUCUCUCGCUCACACACUCUCUCUCCUAUUCUCCCUCCACUCCUCACCGCAAAAAGAGAAGAGAGAAAAAGAUCCACGACUACCAGCCGGCUGGCUCCACUCUGAAGGACCGGGAGCCGCGCACGGAGCAGCCUCUGUCCCAAACCACCGCGCUUUGCAUGCGGUGAGCAGUUAAAGUGCGGAGAGGAAGAGGAGAAAGUUUUUUUAAAUUUAUUAAUCUAAAGACUACAUCCGUUUGUUUUUUUUUAACCCGUGGACAGACCAGUGCGCACGAGGACUGAAUGGUUGAUCCCAGCCCUCCUGCGCUGCACCUCCUCUCUUGCGGGAAUGUCAGCAUGGCAGGUGUUGGUGUCAAAGUAGAACAGGAAGAGUUUGGUGAAGGAGGCGGAGUCAUUACCAUCGUGGAACCCCCAAAAACAUCUCCCUCACGCGAUUGGUCAGGAAGUCAUCCACUGGAGGCCCGCCAACUAACCCCACCGAUGUCCCGCUCCCCUUCGGAGGGCUCGCCAGGUAAGGAGCUGACUCACAGGCAGAGCCCCAUGGGACUCAAGGAGGUCAGGAAGCAUGAUCGACCAGAAGUGCAAUCCAACUUCAAGGAAGUAAUGCCCACCAUUGAGAAGCUGCUGAAUGCUGACUGGAAGGAGAAGCUUCUGGAUAAAAGCACAGUGCGGGCAGGACAGCUGAAAGGUCAGCUUUCAGACACCGUCCGCACCUUUAUACCAUUUAUAUACGGUACCCCCGAGUCUCUGGCAGAGAAGGAGCUCCAGUUGUUGAUGAUGAUCAACCAGCUGAGUGGUCUGAGGGAGCAGCUGCUGGGGGCGCACUCUGAGCAGAGGAACAUGGCCGCCCUGCUGCUGGAGAAGCAGCAGCAGCAGAUGGAGCUGGCUCGACAGCAGCAGGAACAGAUUGCCAAACAACAACAGCAGCUGAUCCAGCAGCAGCACAAGAUCAACCUGCUCCAGCAGCAGAUCCAGCAGGUGAACAUGCCCUACGUGAUGAUCCCGGCUUUCCACACCAGCGCCCAGUCCCUCCAGGUCACCUCUGACCCCCAGAUGACCCUGCCAUUGCAACCAAUCCCCUGCAAGCCAGCCAUGGACUAUCCUAUGCAGCUGCUACCGAACCCUCACUCCACCCAAGUGAAGAGGAGCAGUUCCUUCCGACAGGAGGCGAGUCAACCAUUGAACCUGACCUCCAAGCCAAAGGGGAUGGAGCUAGGGAAGACGCCCAGUCCCCAGAGCCUGGAGCUGGGAUCCCUGGCACUGCAGGGGGCUUACAGACUCAGGGAUCUCCACAGAGAAGUGUCCCACAGUCCACCGCGAUCUGCCCUCAGUUUCCUUGGAGACGGCGACGUGGUCACACAGGCCAUCCACGAUGCCCAGCUGCUCCUGAAGAGCAACGGCAGCGGCGGGCGAGAAAGAGAGAGAGACAGGGACGGCGGGGAAAAGAUGGAGUAUAAAGAGUCUGCCCACAGCGAGAGAAUUUCUCACUCCGAGCGGGGUGACGUCAGACAUGGCCGGCCCAGCACCGAGGACCACCUCAGCAGUGACUCUGAGGUAGGUGCUCUGUCCGUUUCUGUCCCAGGCAGCUACGCUGAGGCCCGGCCCCCUCCCUCCUCCGGCCACAUUAAGAGACCCAUGAAUGCCUUCAUGGUGUGGGCCAAGGACGAGCGCAGGAGGAUCCUGCAGGCCUUCCCUGACAUGCACAACUCCUCCAUCAGCAAGAUCCUGGGUUCCAGGUGGAAGUCCAUGUCCAACCAAGAGAAGCAGCCUUACUAUGAAGAGCAGGCGAGGCUGAGCCGGCAGCACCUGGAGCGCUACCCAGACUACAAGUACAAACCCCGGCCCAAACGGACCUGCAUUGUGGAGGGGCGGAGGCUGAGGGUGGGCGAGUACAAGGCCAUGAUGAAGAGCCGUCGUCAGGAACAGAGAGCGACCUACACGCACAGUCAAACAGAGCCCCAGCAGAUCCACUACUCCCACAGCGAUGGACAGUACGCUGGCAGCGCUGGCUCGGUCUCCGUGGCAACCAUGCCUUUUCACCCCGCGUUACUGGAGCAUUACCUGCCACAGGUCCCGCCUGCCCCACGUCGAGUGGAAGCCCACGUCGCGCCCACUUCCCUGCCCAGGGAGAGAGAGAGGGAACGAAAGAGGGAGCAGCCUCUGUACAGCGAAGGAGAGGAAAGUGACGGGGGAGAAAGGAGUGAGGGAGAACUGGUGCUCCUGACAGACUGAAGGGGGAGACCUGAAGAAAAAAAAAAAAGGAAGAUGGAGGCGAGGGAUGGGAGGGUCUGCGAGGGUCGCUUUGGAGGAAGUAGUUCUCUUUGUUGACAGCCGGAGAGGACGAAUGGAGGAUGAACCAAGGAAAACCGGGAGGGAUGGCUGGGUUGUCAUUGAGUGAGAAAAGUGCUCCUCUGUAAGGAAAUGUCACACAUAGUCCCUUGUCAAUUAGUAGUCUCCAGCAAAAGCCAGCCCCCCACACACACACACACACAAACACAGACACAGAUAUAUAUAUAAAGGUGAAUUUGUAAACUCUUAUCUUAGUUAUUUCCCUUCAUAGGCAUCAUUGCAUCCGCUGCUUUGUAUUAGAAUACAGAAUUUGAAGUUUUAAUGUCAUUAAUGUAAUUUUUAUGGUUUAAUCCCUUACACUGCUUUUUUUAAUAUGACCAUGGUGACUUGGUUAAAAACAAAAUACGCACAGGGUUUAGAUUCACCAGAGGAAAGUGUGAAAUGAACCAUACAAGUUCCACAGAGUCUGUUGAAGGAACAGCCGAGUAACGGCUCUGGCUGGAGCAGUAGGCCUACAAGUGAUGAAGCUGUAUGUUUUCAGUGUGUCAGUACUGACCCCUGCUGGUAACGGUUGGUUACAGCUAAAUGAAGACAAAUCAUAUGAAGACAUAUGUCUAUUAAUGUAUACUGUUACAUCCAACCCUGACUACUCAUGGCUCACAUUGUCUGGGUUUGAAGAGAGUUAUAGAGAAUUAUACAAACAUCACAUAGGUUUCUAUACUGGUUAAAAAGCUGCGUAAAUGGAAAAAAGUUAGACUUGCACACUGAUUCUAAAACACAACAUACUGUAUAUUUAUAAGGACAACAUUGCAAUCAAAGUCAGACCUUUGCUCAGCUAAAGGAACAAAAUAGACCUGAUGAAGAUGAAUUGCACUCGGAUCAAAAUGUCUUUGAACCGUUUUGUGCUUUGGAGUCAGUGUGCAGACAUUAUUGGAUUUGGGCAAGUUAUAACAUCAAUUUGAUUUUAAAGAAAGACGGGGGAGGGGCAAUUUCAGCCUUCAGUAUUAAACUUGCAAAUUGCAAAGAGACAGAUUAUGUAAAAAUAACAAAAGGUCAAAUAUGAAGAGGCAGAUGUUAAACCACCAGACACACUGGAUCCUACAAUUCCCACAAUGCUACUUGACACUGUCUUUCAUUAGAGAUGGGAAGAAUGUAACUUUCUGUUAUAUCUCUGAGCGUAAAGUGUAAAAAGUUCUGUGUCUUUAAAUCAGUCUCUCUUAAAAAAACUAAAAAACAUGGCAGGUAUCUAGUAAAUUGGUGGGUCAACGCAGAAGUACAAUAGAGUCAAUUUUCUAGUUCUGGGAUCAGUUAGUGCACCUAUUGGUUUUCAAUCCAAUAUCAAUUAAAUAAUUUUGAACCCUAACACCUGUCGUGGGCCGGAUAAUAUGCAGUAAAUCGACAAACUCCUCUUCCUCGCCCUCCCGACAUCACACUGUACAGUUGAGCUGUGCUGCGUUAGGCUGUAUUUGUGUGUCUAUCAGUUCUCUCCUCAUAGCACGGUGGGUCGACCGGGGCCCUACCUGUUUUUUUAUACCUCUGUGUUUGAUUCUUUGAGUGUUUAUUGAUUGUCGUGUUAAGCACCUCCUAUCUUUGUAUUCAAAUGUCUUUUAAAACGCAGCCUUCCGCACCACUGCAAGAAAUAUUCAAAUGAAAGAUGUUUUUUUUCUCUUGAAAAAAGACAUUCAAGAUUUUCUAGGAAUCGUCAUUUUCUUGGUGCUGGUGCAUUGGGCCUCGUUCCAGGGGAUUGACAUUCUGGCAUUUUUUUCUAGAAUUCUAGAAUUUUCUGGAAUUCGUUUCUGACUUGAAGACUGAAUAUGAAACUUAAUGUUUUUGCAGUGACAGAUCAGUCAGUAGGCUAAACAGUUGUCUUCUCAUUUCAUCUUUUACUUUGUUCCACAAACAACUAACAGAUAAAACAAAUCAUCCCCAAGUCCCUGUUUCACACUGGAGAGGAAGCUGCUGGUGUAACCCUGCUCUCUUGUGAUGGAUUUAGAAAAAAAAAGUAAAAGGGACACACUUAGUUUUAGAGAGACUUGAACCACUGGUCAAAUAAUGAGAACAAGACACCAAAAAUAUCCACAGGGCCCCAUCGGCUGUGUUGCUACAUGACAACAAUUUAACUUGCUGAGUUACAUUAUGAUUUUAUUAAAGCACUUAGCAUAGGCCUAUAUACUAUGUUCUUAGAAAGUAAGGCGGGAUUUGUGGAUGGAUGUAAUCACACUGAACUGGUUGACUUGGAAAUUAAAGCUGAAAACCACAAUUUCUUCUGUUGUAGAAGCUUAUACAAGUUAUUUUUGUACAUGUUAGCCGUUUGGUAAGACAUGUUGAUUUGUGUCAUGCUGCAGACUGUGCUUUAAUCUCCCCUGAAGUUUCAAGUGAGAGCACCACCUUAAGAGUGAUUGUAUUUUGGAUAACUUUAAAGGAAACAAGACAGCCUUUGUUCCAACAAGCAUGCUACCUGAUGCUAACGGUUUGCUUUGUGCUAAGUGGCUGUAAAUUCCAAAAUAACUCAGAAGCUGAGAAAUGCUGAGUAAUCUGAGACAAGCAGUAGCUUAAUUAGCAUUCUGCUGCAGUUCAAACAACAUGUAAGACAAAAAAAAGGCUAAGUAGCCUCCCAGGAUCACUUAUCAGCAGCUCAACAUGAGGCCACGUCAAGUAAAUACAACCAUAACGAAACGUGUUACAACCUCCUCGUCAGCAUGAUCAGCUAAUAGCAUGUUGCCAUUAGCCUGUGGUAAUCUGUGGCUGACACUUCUGGCCACAUGGCUGGUGUUGGUGUCUUUGUUCUCAUCACGCAAUAAACGUGUUGACCAGUGGGACAAUAUAACAAAAACUCAACACAAGGUUGACAAAUCAAAAAAGCGGGGCAAGGGAGAUACCAGACGUCAGGGCUGUGUAGAGUAAACAUGCUGGCUUUUGUGUACAGAGAUGGAUAUCAGAGGAAAAUGUUUAUCUUAUUUUGGUGGAGACACCCUGAGGAGUCUCUGGCCGUUAACCCUGCUGAUGUACAUAUAAAAAGAGACUAUUUUGUUUAUAAGAGCUUGUGUAAUUUAAAGGUGUACAUUUCUCUAUGUUUUCAGAGUUGUGUGUUUUUUUUCUUGAAAGACAAUAAAUUGGUUGUGUAAA